GUAAACUAGCCGUGCACGGGGCGGGCGGCGCGAGCGGGCGAGCGCUCUGAGCUUGGCACUGCGCGGGGGCGCACGGCUCUGGGGAGCCAGGCCCCGCUACCUUUCCUCUGCCCCGGCCUCUACUCUCACUUUCGAGUAGUGGAAGGACGAGAAUCGGUAGCCAUGCAGUCGGAAUCGGGAAUCGUGCCUGAUUUCGAAGUCGGGGAGGAGUUUCACGAAGAGCCCAAAACCUAUUACGAACUCAAAAGUCAACCUCUAAAAAGCAGCAGUUCUGCGGAGCAUCCUGGGGCCUCCAAGCCUCCAAUAAGCUCCUCCAGCAUGACAUCACGCAUCUUGCUACGCCAGCAACUCAUGCGUGAGCAGAUGCAGGAGCAGGAGCGCAGGGAGCAGCAGCAGAAGCUGCAGGCGGCCCAGUUCAUGCAACAGAGAGUGCCCGUGAGUCAGACACCAGCCAUAAACGUCAGUGUGCCUAGCACCCUUCCCUCUGCUACCCAGGUGCCGAUGGAAGUCCUUAAGGUGCAGACCCACCUUGAAAACCCCACCAAGUACCACAUUCAGCAAGCCCAAAGGCAGCAGGUAAAGCAGUACCUUUCUACCACUUUAGCAAAUAAACAUGCCAACCAAGUCCUGAGCUUGCCAUGUCCAAACCAGCCUGGCGAUCAUGUCAUGCCACCUGUGCCCGGGAGCAGCGCACCCAACAGCCCCAUGGCUAUGCUUACACUUAACUCCAACUGUGAAAAAGAGGGGUUUUAUAAGUUUGAAGAACAAAACAGGGUGGAGAGUGAGUGCCCAAGUAUGAACACACAUUCGAGAGCGCCAUGCAUGCAGAUGGAUGAUGUAAUCGAUGACAUCAUUAGCCUAGAAUCAAGUUAUAACGAAGAAAUCCUGGGCUUGAUGGAUCCUGCCUUGCAAAUGGCAAAUACGUUACCUGUCUCCGGUAACUUGAUUGACCUUUACGGUAACCAAGGCUUACCACCCCCAGGCCUGACCAUCAGCAACUCCUGUCCAGCCAACCUUCCCAACAUAAAAAGGGAGCUCACAGCGUGUAUUUUUCCCACAGAGUCUGAAGCAAGAGCAUUGGCUAAAGAGAGGCAAAAAAAGGACAAUCACAAUUUGAUUGAACGAAGGAGAAGAUUUAACAUAAAUGACCGCAUUAAAGAACUAGGUACUUUGAUUCCCAAGUCAAAUGAUCCAGACAUGCGCUGGAACAAGGGAACCAUUUUAAAAGCGUCCGUGGACUAUAUUCGAAAGCUGCAACGGGAACAGCAACGCGCAAAGGAGCUUGAAAACCGACAGAAGAAACUGGAGCAUGCCAACCGGCAUUUGCUGCUCAGAAUUCAGGAACUUGAAAUGCAAGCUCGAGCUCAUGGACUUUCCCUUAUUCCAUCCACGGGUCUCUGCUCUCCAGACUUGGUGAAUCGUGUCAUCAAGCAAGAACCUGUCCUGGAAAACUGCAACCAAGACCUCCUUCAGCAUCACACAGACCUAACUUGCACAACCACCCUUGAUCUCACAGAUGGUACCAUCACCUUCAAUAACAGCCUCGGAACCGGAACUGAGAGCAACCAAGUCUAUUGCGUGCCCGCGAAAAUGGGAGCUAAACUGGAAGACAUCUUGAUGGACGAUACUCUUUCUCCUGUUGGUGUAACUGAUCCGCUGCUUUCCUCGGUAUCACCUGGAGCGUCUAAAACGAGCAGCCGGAGGAGUAGUAUGAGCAUGGAAGAAGCCGAGCACGCUUGUUAGCAAAGCCUGCUUGAUCUGCAUUCACACAAACUGCUUCCUUUCUUGAUCCAUAGAUUUAAUAAUUUACCCGAAUGGGGUUCUCUUGGUAAUUUUCCUUUAAUAUGAAUUUUUUUUUCAUGCUUUAUCUAUAGCCCAGGAUAUAUUUUAUUUUUUGAGUUUUGUGAAACAGACUUGUAUAUUCUGUUUUACAACUACAGAUGCCUCCAAAGUAUUGUACAAUAAGUGUACAGUAUCUGUGAACUGAAUUCAUCACGGACUUUAGCUUUCUGAGCAAGAGGAUUUUGCAUCAGAGAAAACGUCUGUCCAUUUUUAUUCGGGGAAUCUUGGUUUGAGAUUUUUAUGCCUGUGACUUCCUUGGGAAUUAAAUGUAAAGUUUAAUCAAAAGAAUGUAAAGCAACCAAAAAAAAAAAAAGAGAGAGAGUGAGAAAAGAAAUCCACACUAACCUGUUUCCACUUUGUAAAUGUAUUGACUCGCUGGUACUGCCUUAAAGAUACAGUACCCUUCAAGCAUUGUUUAGUCUUUAUACUGCUAACUAUUUAAAGAAAUCCUAUAUUCUGUAAAAGACGGGGAAAAAAAGUACAGCGAUUUCCAUGAGGAUUGUCUGGUUAGAAAUCUUUAGCUGCAGCUGAAGCGGAAGGGAGGCAGAACUGAGCUCUGAAAUAGAGUCUCAUCAUGCUCUUUUUCUACACGCUCUGUUUCAGUUUUCUUCAUCAAUGAGUGUGAUUCAGUUUUUCAUAAAAUCUGUUUUGUUUUGCAAUAGAAAUCACUGUCCUCCCUGAGUAAAAUACUGAGCAGCACUGAAAGUUGUUUUUACAUUUUUUUUUUUAAUUUUAAUUUUUGCUUUUGAUAAGAAAACACCAAACUGGGCACAUUUCUCAUUGGCUCUGCAAUGUUUAUUUUUAAAUUUAUGUUUUCCUGUUCAUUGGAUUUGUACAGAUUCUUCACUAUCACCGUUCUUUUCAGUGUGUGUAUUAAUUUGUAACAAUGCGCAUCUCGAACUGAGAAGUUUUCAAUAUUUUUACAACUCACUGGUGAUUUUCCUCAUUCUUUGUACACACACGAAAGCAGACUUUUAUGCCAGGUCUUGUAUCUAAGGAGAGCUUUGCAAAUAUUUUGUAUAUUGCAGUCUCACGCGGAACUGUUUUUCCACACAUGUAAGGAGUAGGAUUAAUAGGUUCAUCCAGACUUUCUAGAGAAAACCGACUUACAUAUUUAUUUUUUAGUGAUAUAAAAAUAGCAAUAUUCUUGGAGACUGAUAACUUUAGCUUUAGUACACCCAUUCUGGUCGUUAAAAUUGGGGUUAAUUUCAGCCAACUUGCUGUUUUUUUUUUGUUUUUUUUUUUUGAGAGAAAUACUGUAUUGGCAAAUUACUGUUACUUGAUAACAAUGUUUUAACAAGCAGCAACGUUGUAAAGUUAGUGUCAGUGCAUUAUCUACUUGUGUAGUCCUAUGCAAUAACAGUAGUGUUACAUGUAUUCUAGCAGGCUUCGGUGUUUUCUACAGAUGACCUAUGGUGUUAUGAGCCAGGCUGUUGAAUGGACUUUCUUAGUAGCAGCCUGCAGUUAAUUAGUGAGUGGCGUAAAGCAUAUCCAUUCAGAAUGAAGUGCCUUAAAUAUAGCAGUAGUCUUUUGGAGGCUAGCACUGACUGAACUAUAACGUGGGAGGAAGUUUCAAGAUGGUAUCUGUAGUCAAGAGAACCAUGUAGCAUGGUGCCUAUGUAGACAAUAUAAGAACUUUCCAAUUUUCCUUCAGAUAUUUUUAAUAUUAAAUGUAUUUUAGCAACAGAGUGCCAACAUCUUUCAUCAGGAAACCUUAUUCAGGAGGGUUUUUUUUUUUUUUUUUAAAGUGUUGAAAUGUCAAAUGUGAAUUGGUGAUGGGUGAUGGAGGGUUCAGAGAGGAGGCGUGAUUGUCAGAUGUAUGAAUGACUGGCUUAUGUGAAAAUAAUCAACUGCAUAGUUCCCAUGCACAUUGGGCAAUGAGAAUCCUUGGAAACAUUGAUGAUGCUAUCAGUUUUAUAGCUUUAUUACUUAAGGGGGUAGGGAAAAUAAGUUCCCAUUCUUUCAACCUCCUUAAUUGUAUAGCUCUUUUUAUUAGAAUAGUGUUGCAAAUCUGCAUGAACAGCUAAUUGUACCAUAGUGUUCAUUGAUACAAUCAUAGCAUUGUCUAUUUUUCUCUUCAUAUUUAUAUGGGGGGUUGGGAGGGCAGAGGUCGAAGAUUGCAAUGCUGUGAUGCUAGUUUUCCUUAGCUGAUUCGGAAGGUUUUUAAAAAUAGAGCAGGGUUGGCUAACUCAUGGCCAAGGGAUUACGGCCAGGGUUAAGCAACCCUGUAGAAAGCUUUGUUUAGAGAAAGUAUGGCAUCUUGUACCACUGCCCUGACUCUCACAACUCCUGAGCUUGGCCACCGCCUGCUUCCCUGUCCCCUUGUUCCUCAAAGACAAUUUCUGGGAGUUGCGGCGAGCUAGCCCAGGAGAAUACUGCAGCCUCGGGGGUGGUUUUAUUUAUUUCUUUUUUGCCAAAUAGUGUGUGGAUUUGUUUGAGGGACUAGUUAAGCCAAAAGGAUGUGGUUGGGGCUUGCUGUUUUGUAACAAGAGAGUGAUCGACACCACUCCCCCCAUCUCUAGGGUGCAGAAUUGUGACUUGGGUUGGGCUUCCACAUGGAGUGUCCAAAUGCCAAAAUUGUCGACCUGUCUCUGGGUAAGGCAAUGGAAAUACCAAACCUUCUGACUUUGCCAAAAAAUCAUAUAAAUAACCAACAUGGUCAUACAUUGACAGUUCUUUGUGGUGGUUUUUAAAUAAUAAAGCAAUAAGAACAAAUAAAAUACAUAGGAAGUUAAAAGACAUAAAAGCACAAAGGAAUGCACUUCAUAUUUGUGAAAAAUGCACUGGGGAAAAGUUGAUGUUGAUAACAGUAUAAAAAAAACCCUAUUUCUUGAAAAAAUGACACAUAACUGUCUCUUGUGGACGCUUGGUACUGUAAUGUUAAUACUAGUCACCUGCUGUUGGAUGCAGCAAUAAUUUCUGUAUGGUCCAUAGCACUGUAUAUUAUGGAUCGACAUUAAUGUAGCCAAUGAAAUAAUUGAACUGUUGUUCUUGAUAGCCUCAUUAAAGCAUUCGGUUUUUCAC